CCUCUGUUAACUAAAAGGAUGAAUUUACUAGUUAUUGAAAAAAACGACCAGAUUAUUUUUCAUCCUUCCCCUUUUGCUUUGUUGCAAGACGAAAUUGCAUAGUUUGUAAUUCAGUUUUCUUUCACGCCUCUUGCAGACUUCAAAAAUAAUGGUGCUUACAAACUUCGAUGGAGUUGGUGUUGGAUUCGGUUUCGGCGUGGGUUGCGGGUUCGGUGUAGGCUGGGGUUUUGGAGGCAUGCCAUUAAAUAUGUUGGGCCUUGGUGCAGGUGGGGGCUGUGGGGUUGGCUUAGGCCUUGGUUGGGGUUUUGGCACUGCUUUCGGGAGUCAGUAUCGAUCAUCAAGGGUCACUUUCCAGGGCUUGGAAUUUGGGAGAAAUGAGCAGAGAGAUGGAAAGGAAUUUAAAGAUAUAUCAGAAAGCAAGCAUAAAGUACAUAAUUCACAAUAACUUUUAAUCUUAUGAAGGAUGCUUCAUAGAGCAAACAAAGAGUUCUGGUUGGAGAGACGUGAAAGCAUAUUUUUGUGUAUUUAGGGUUCAGUUUGUCGCUUAGUCUUGAUUGUGGGAAGAAGACCAUAUACUUAUUGGCUUUUGUAUGUCUACGGUACAUACUGUUUAGAAUCCUAUCAUUCUGGUGAAAGAUAAGGAUGUUUUUUUGGUAAAUUUUAUAAAUAAGCCGGCCUGGAGGUGGAAGGAUAGCUAUUCAUGUC